AUGGACAGAGGUGCUCCAUUCAACAUUGGGACCAGCCACAGUGACUGUCUGAAGUGCAUCUUUUUUCAGCAUUUGGACAUUUGGAACAUCUCCAUCAGUCAACCUUUCCAACCUGGCACUAUUAGCAUCAUGUCGGAUAGUGAAGCACCUCAGGUAGAAAAGAAAAAGGGAGGUCAGCGUGGCAACAAGAAGAACGCUGGCGACAAAAAGAAGCCUGCUCUCUCGAAAAAGAAGGAAAAGACCCUUCAACGAGAAAUUGAGCGUCGAAAUGCAGUGAUGGCAGCCUUCAACAAAUACUAUGAAGAAGAAUGGGGACCUGAACGUUGGCCAGUGCUAUUAGAAGCACUCAAGAAGCCUGUGCGCCAUUGCAUGAUGAUCAAUAAGUACGCCAAUGUGGAGGACAUCAAAGCCAAGCUCAAAGAUGUCCUGCCUGAUCUCACCAUGCUUGAUUUUGUUUCUAUACCAUGUUACGCAUCCAAAACAAUGUCUCGAUUUCCUCAGCCCAGCAAAGACAGCGCCAAUGUCACAGACUACUAUAUUCUGGAUGCUGCUUCUGUGCUUGCUACAGAAGCCUUGGACAUCCAACCCGAUGAACAGGUGCUGGAUAUCUGUGCUGCACCUGGCGGUAAGACACUGUCUGUUUUGCAACGAUUAGAUAAACAGUAUGGACGCUUGACAUCCAACGAAAUUGCUUCAGACCGCAGAAGAAGAUUACGACAAGUGAUUGAGUCUUAUUUACCAUCUGAUGUGGUGGAGGAGGUCAGCACGGUAGUUGGAAAGGACGGUACUCGUUAUUACGGCGAGCCUGAACAGUACGAUAAAGUCUUGUUGGAUGCGCCUUGCUCUUCAGAGAGACAUUUGCUGCACGACGAAAAGGAAUUGGAGCUGUGGUCUCCUAAACGUACUCAGGUGAAUGCUAAGAGACAGUUAUCCAUCUUGAAGGCGGCUGUUCAUUCAGUCCGUGUAGGCGGUUUGGUGUUGUAUGCUACGUGUUCCAUCAGUUCGCUGGAGAAUGAUAAAGUGGUGGAGCGUAUGAUGAACAAGGGCAAGAUUCCUAUUGAACCUGUCAAGCUCAAGCUGCCUGUUGGAGAAAAGACAAAGUACGGAUGGCUGUGUUUGCCUGAUAAAACGACGUGGGGACCAUUGUAUUUUGCAUUGAUCAGAAGAACAGGCGUUUCCAAGGAAGGUGGAUCUGAUGAAGAUGAUGAUGAAGAUGAUGAUAUGUAG